CCCCUUGCACUGUGCGCGUCGUUCGAUAGCUUUUGCAAUUUUGCAUUGUGAUUUAAAUAUAAAAACAGUCUCAAGAAUAUAAUUUGUUCUGCAGAAUAUACAGUCAAUAAGUGCUUUUCCAACUAAACUUUGAUCUAGUGACGCAGUUACAGAUUACCAGGAUGGACAACCUGAAGCAGUUCAAUACAAUGGCUUCCGACGAUAACUGGCGGACUCCGAACUUCAGACAGACUGUUGUAUCAAAAAUCGAGGAAGUAAUCCAAAGAUCAGGGAUGCAGGUAGCCCGUAACAGCAGUGAGAUGGAGAACCAUGUCUUCAUGAAAGCCAAGAACCGAGAUGAGUAUAUGAACAUGGUUGCCAAACUCAUAUUACAUGUCAGAGAGAUGUCACAAUCCAAAGCAAAUCCAGGUCCACCAAACAUGCAAAACCCCAAUCAGAGUCAGCCUGGUCCAAGCCCCCAAGUGCAGAGCCAACCUGGUCAGCCAACACAAGGGCCAAGCAGCCAACCAGGCAUGGCCACAGACCCCAUCAAUGCUCUACAGAACAUGGCCUCACAGGGGACAAGGAACCAGAUGAUGAAUAUGGGACAAGGACAAAUGCAGCAAGGAGUUAUGGGCCCCAAUCAAGGCAUGGGAGGAAUGCAAGGUCAAAUGGGUCAACAAGGCCCAAUAGUAUCGCAAGGCCAACCACAAACAGCUACCAACCUCCUCCAAACAUUGAACCAACGUCCACAACUGAACAUGCAAUUGCAGAAUAAACUUGGCGGAUCGAUUGGCAUGGUGCCCAACCAAGGUCAAAUGGGAUCAAACAUGGUUGGUGGUAUGGGGAUGAAUCCUAUGGGAAGUCAGUUGCAAAAUCAGUUGGCGGGGCCAGGAAUGCAAGGGCAGAUGAUGCCGAAUAUAUCCAUGUCCAAUAACAUGCAAGUGCCAAUGUCCCAAGCUAGUACCAUGGUUGGUCAGAUGCAGUGCAACCAAGUGGUGGGGGGAAUGGGGGGGCAGAUGGCACCCAAUAACAUGCAAGGGCAGAUGCCCAAUCAAAUGGUUGGAGGUAUGGGCAAUAACCAGCUGGUUAACCUGAAUAUGCUGCAAAUGCACCGCGGGCAAGGUAAAGAGGUGGUGAUGGGCGCGGGCUACGCGCAAAGGGCGCCGCCUCACAACCAGUUCCUGAGGCAGAGCCCCUCGCCUUCCGCCUCGUCGCCUAGCAUGCCCGGCCCCAGCCCUGUAUCUAUGGGUGGUGGGGUGUUGAGCGGGGCGUUAUCGUCCCCUAUGUCAGGGUUAGGGGGCAUGGGACCCUGCACCGGCGGCAGUCCAUCGCCUUCCACCAGCCAUCAUCAUCCACCUCAGCAACGGGUAAACAUGGGUAUGGUGGCGUCGCCAUCGUCGUCUCUCAACACGCCCGUGGGCAGCAGCGUGGCGUCCCCGGGGGGUGAGGAGGCGGCCUACAGGGAGAAGGUGCGCCAGCUCUCCAAGUACAUCGAACCUCUGCGACGGAUGAUCAUGAGGAUGGUCAACGAGGGAGAAAAUGUGGAAAAGCUAACGAAAAUGAAGAAUCUACUAGAUAUCCUAUCAAAUCCCAACAAAAGGAUGGCUUUGGAGACAUUGCUCAAAUGUGAAGUGGUUCUGGAGAAACUGGACUUUAAGAGGAGCGAGGGUGUUGGUUUGGGACUGCCUUCUUCCACUGGAAAGGAGCAAAUCUUCAACCCUCUGCUGGAGGUAGUGAACAACUGCCUCCAGUCGCCGCUCGCGAACCACACGUUGAAGCGAACUUUCGGCUCCACACUCGACGCGCUCAACGGACCUGAGAUCAAUAUAUUCUCCAGGAAUCUUCCAGCUCCACCUCAGAAGAUACCGAAGUUCGACGAACCUACGAUGGACAUUCCAGACGUGCUGCAGGGGGAAAUAGCUCGACUGGAUUCAAGGUUCAAGGUAUCACUGGAAACGAUGCAGCUAUCAGGCGGUGAAGGUGCGAUCUCCCUCAUAGCGCAACUGGACGACGUGCGGUUGCCGUGCGUGCCCGCGGUCCACGUGUCCGUGCCGCGCGACUACCCCGCCGCGGCGCCCGCGCGCCUCAGACCCCGCCAAGCGCGCAGUGGGAGCGCCGCGGACUGCUUCCUCGCGCGCGUCGAGAAGGCGAUGGACGCGAGGUGUGCGCGGUUACCGAAGAGCUGUUCAGUCGGCCAACUACUAGAUGCGUGGGAAAUGAGCGUGCGGCAAGCGUGCGCGCCCACGCCCGUACACUACACACCCGUGCCGGCGCUCGGCCUAUAAACACACAGGGCGUAAGCUAAUCAUAUGAUGCAUUGAAUUAAAUUAGCGCCCAUAGAAGGGCGAUUUAAAACAACAAUCGUGUUCUAUGAAGCUGUCAAAAUGAGUAUGACAGUGGACAUCGAGUUGGGAAAAACGUAGUUGCAGUCUGCAAAAAUUUUUGUUUGGAAGACACGUUCUGUGGUCGUACAACAUAGAUGUCGUUGUACUAUGUCUAUGGUAUCGCUGUGGUGCGACUAGACACUUCAAGAACAACCGUCGUCGUCGUCAUCAACCGAUAGAUGUCCACUGCUGGACAUAGUUUCUUGUAGGGACUUCCACACGCCACGGUCUUGCCCCGCCAGAGGUCCCCGCAGUCUCGUUUGAAAUGGGGGGUCUGCCAACGCUGCACUUACCGAUGCAAGGUCGCGAUUCUAGCACCUUGGCAUUGCAAUGACUAUCGGUUCAUCGAUAUGCCCUUCCCUUGCCACUUCAGCUUUGCGACUCAUUGAGCUAUAUCAGUUACUUUGGUUUUUCUAUGGGCCAAUUGAGUUUGCUGGCUACUAUUUAAAUGAGGACUAUUGCAUUAUUCUAGGUAUAUGGGGAGCGCGCUAAAGAAACUCCUCUUUAAAUUAAAAGAAGACAGAUUUAUGUCUGUCAUAUUAUAUCUGUCUUGUUUUAAUUCUUGUCUUGAGUCUGAGCAAAAUCAAAGUGCAGUCUUUAGAUAAAGUGUAGGUCCCUAGGGGUUCCUAAAUAUUGUUUCCUAAAUUAAAUGUAUAGUUUAGUCUAGAGAGUAAUCAAAUUGUAAAUACUUAUAAUAUUAUGAUAUUAUAUGACAAAGAAAGUAGGAGGAAGAAACAUGCACUCGCAUAUCUCUUGUUUUAAUCUAAUAUAGACCUUAUUGUAAGACGAAAGAGAUGUGUUUUAAAUGUCUCGAGAGGUAAAUUAAGCUCGGGUUUUUUGAAAUGGAAUAAUAUUAUUAUGAAUGAUUUUAUUAGACAAUAAAAUCUAUACUUACUAUUUUAUUGAUUUAGUGUCGAUUUGAAAUGUGGAAAUUCGAUCUUUUUUUUUAAAUACCGGCUUACGGUUCUGGGUUCUAGCCAUUUAGAGUCUAGAAAUUUGGAUCUAAAAUAGGGAAUGUCUGCCCGAUUUUUUUUAAUAGGAAAAUAUUUGGAUUCGAUUAUUUAUUCUUACUUUUAUUUGAUUAAGUUUAAUUAUUAGUUAUAUUGCCUUUACUAUGGAGUCUAUAAUAAUUUAACUUGUUUAAUUGUUAAUUUUUUUAUGGAAGAGUUGUGUUUUUGUGAUACAUAAUUAUAUUUUUUAAAUGCUGUUUAGAUUUACCUAUAUAAACCGGUUUAGAUUUAAUGAACGUGAGAUAUUGUAAGUUAUAACAAUUUAAAUAAGUAAAUAUAGCAAUAAAUUACUGAACGAAAUUUUCUAGAUAUACGUACUUUUUAUAGUUUUGUAAUAAUUCACUUUAGAUACCAAAUUAAAUCGUUCCGUUAAAGUUUUUACUCAUAAAGUCUAUACUAAAAAAUUAUAUCAGCAGUGGGUAUUACCUGUUCCAACUGUAAUGACCAUCGGCAUAUGUAAUGAAAUUCAGUUUUCACUAUCAUCAUCAGCAUCACUAUCAUCAUCAGCAUCACUAUCAUCAUCAGCAUCAGCAUCACUAUCAUCAUCAGCAUCAUCAUCAUCACUAUCAUCAUCAUCGUCAUUACUAUUAUCAUUAUCAUCAUACAUUAGGUUGUUUGACCAAUUCGGUUGCAGCCCUUAUUGGGUUACCAGCUGGUGUAAACAGGUCUUCGGUUAGUCGUAUUCGACCGUAUUCCGUAUUCGGUUACCGACUGGUGUAAAGAGGUCUUCGGUUAGUCGUAUUCGACCGUAUCCCGUAUUCGGUUACCGACUGGUGUAAACAGGUCUUCGGUUAGUCGUAUUCAACUGUAGCCCGUAUUCGGUCACCGAUUGGUGUAAACAUGUCUUCGGUUAGUCGUAUUCGAUCGCAAACCGUGGUCACAUGGUUUUUACCAUUCACAGACAGUUAAAGUUCCUUGCAGUAAUACAAUAUGUCUUUCCAUGAUGCCUUCAACACGAGUGUACACAGUUUGGCUGAAUACGGUCACCGAAUUACGGCUAGCGCGAUUCAGGAUUGUGUGAGUUCAAGUAGCGCCAUCUAGUGUGUGUUUGUAGUGACUUUCAAGUGCUACGUAGUAUCUUGCCGAUGCGAUGGUACUAAGUAGUAUGUAAGAGUAACCCACUUCUGAUAUCCGAAAUCAAUCGAAAAAUUAUU